GGAAAUGUUGAAUAGUUAGCACACGUAAUUGGUCUGUGCUUGUGCAACAUGUGCAAUGUCUAGAUACAAGUGGCAAAUGAGAGCGAAGGAAGAUAACGAAUCAGCAAUUUUCCCUCCCCGAUAGCUUCGAGAGGUCAUACUGGUAUUCGAUCGCUGAGUGUCAACUUUUUCUAUAUUUUAAAUCUUAUUGUGUGCAGACGCAGAACAAAUGUUGUGUAUAAAAAGUAUGUAUUGAUAUGACUCUCGAACUGGUAGAAGUUUAAUCUGUACAAUGAAUGAACAAGCACAUUUACAGUAUUCUCAAAAGAAAUUCAAGGUCAUUUAAGCACAAGCUAGUUAUCUUUGUGCAAACGUAAUGGAAUCAUCAUCGGUUGGUGACAUAUGUUACGCGUCGCUUGAUAAGCACCGAUUUUAUUCAAUACCGCUAUAAAAAUAGCGUGACUGACACAGGGUCGAAUGGGUCGUGGCGGUUCGUUAGGGUACGAUGGAGGGGCAAAAGUAUACGUGGGCGGACUGCGUUACGGAGCCACGGAACGAGAUGUUGAGAGGAUGUUUGAUAAAUACGGACCAAUUGAGCGAAUAUUUGUCGCUCGACGUCCUCCAGGAUUCGCGUUCGUUCACUUCAGCCGAGAGGAAGAUGCUGAAGAAGCUGUCAGACGAUGCGAUGGCCGCGAACUAAACGGCCAUAGCAUCCGCGUCGAGAUGUCACAUGGCAGGCGAACGAAUCGCAAAGCAUGGUGGAGAAAAACAACACAACAACAGCAGCAGCAACAACAACAACAACAACAACAACAACAACAACAACAACAACAACAGCUCGCUCGACCUUCUCCGAAAACACGAGCCUAUUCGAGUCCUUCAGUCUCGUUCUUCUGCAACUUCUGGCCAUUCCUCCUUAUCACUUGUGCAAUGCAUGACGUAAUUCGUUCAACUCGUCUAAAUGUGCCGCUCGACAGUGUACUUCGGUCGAUAGACCUUGAAACAUAACGGGACGACCUCACUUGUAACGCCUCAAUUGUGGACGGCGAAUUGUACGCGUCAGCGCUGCUUAGGGGUCAACUCUACCACAAUAACUACCACGUAGAAUUUUCGGGGCCCCUUUGCCAUUAGGGCUUAGGACAAUGUCUACAGUAAAGUUACGUCAAUUCUACAUUGUCGACGUAGAAAGGCGACGCGGUAAAAAUCAGCAGUAGUAGGAAAGAUGAGCUCAAGAGACGUAACAGGUUACAAUUUACCCGAACAAACUGUUAAGUUGAGCCUUCGUAGAUGCCCACACCAGUGGUGGUAGGUGACGACAAUUCAAAGGACUGCUUGCAAGUUAGAGAUAUUCCGCCACUUUGUAUUGGUUUACCAGCUGAUGUCCAUUACCCCCAUACGGUCUCUGCGAUUUUUCUACGCGCAUGUAGACGUUUGCUGAUUAGUUAUUACCCGGCAUAGUCUAAGCUAUUGUAUUUCCUGGAAAGUUUUUGCUUUGAACAUACGAAGUUGGUUCGUAAUGUGCAGAACCAAUUAAGUGAAUUGCAAAUUUUACAAAACAAGAUCUGUACGCCGUAAAAUAUUUAUGUAAAAAUACGUGACGGGCGUUAUAAAUUAUAUGGGUCAUUAUACGGGCUGACAUCCUUGUAAUAUCGUUUUUUUCUUUGGGAAGGAAAACCUUCAUCGUCCGUUGUCUUGAUAAAGAAGAAUCUUACGCUAGAAUAUCUGAGAGCAGUAAGUUCUAUUAUGUAGUAGAGGUAUAUGGUGCAGCUCAAGCUCAACGAUGAUUUCGAUUAUUGUUAUAGCUUUUUCUUUGCUGUAACUUCUGACCACUGUUAAUAUCGUAGUUGUUUUCAUCGAUAGUGACGUACACGAAUCAGAUUAAUUGUACUGAAGUAUGUUACAUACUUUCACGAUCAUUGCGAAUUAUCGAAAUGUUUAGAUAAGUCAACUCCAAUUUAUUGUACAUUAAUACCAACAAAAGGCAAAAUCUAAAAGACAGACGGGAUUCGCGAUCUCGGUCACGCUCUUCAUCGAGAGGUCGCGAUAGGAGGGUACGAAGGGACUCCCGAAGUCGG